AUGGGUUUUAAUAAUAAUGUUAGAAAGUAUAGAAUAAUCGAUACAAUAGAGGAAAAUGGUGCAGUAAGAACUGCCAUUGCUAGUGGUAAUGAAUCAAGCUGGCGGGUAAAAAUUGUUGCAAGAGUAAUGAAUUUAUUGAAGAGGAAUAAUAAAGUAGUAGGUGAAGAAGGCAUUAUACAACCUAUUCCAGUGCAAGGCGUGCCAGUGUUUGACAAUAAUGUAGUAGUGGAACAACAAAGUUCAAUCGAGCAACAACCAAAAUCUAUUCUGAAUCCUACAGAUGGACACAACAUAUCGCCAAGUGUAAAGAAAAAGGUAAGUUUUGAUCCAACACUUUCAACAGUGCCAGAGGAAGAUGGAGAUAAUCUUUCAAUUUCAACUGAUGAUGGUAUAUCUUUAGAUUCUUCAGAAGAUUUUGAUGAUGCGAAAUGGGCAGCUAUAGGUCUUCCACUCUCACCAAUCAAAAAAGUUGGAAUUGUCCAGAGAGUGAAAAACAUAUUAGGAAGUUUCAUAGAUUUCUUUGUGAGCCCCUUUAAGUCUAAACAAACUGCACCAGCUUCGACUACGAUUGAUGCACACUUGGGCUUGGUAGUGUUAGAUGAUAGUACUACUCCAAGCUAUGUAGGAUUUGAUCAUGAUAAUACUGCUCAACAGAAAACUACUUCAGGUAUUAGCACUUACGUAGAGGAAAUUGACACUGAGCCACAACAACACACUGCAACUAUAGAAUCUGUAGCAGCAAUAGUACCUACCCUUGUAUAA